CCGGCCGGGCUGACGGGGCCGCUGACGCGCUUGGCCGCGGGGCCGAGUCCGCGGGGCUGCGCGCCGGGCGCCGGCGACAAUGGGCUUCUGUGUGUGCAGCUGCCGCCGCCGUCGGGGACCGGGGGAGGGGGGCGGGCGACUCCCCGGCGCCCCUCCUUUUCGGCCGCGACCCCCGGAAAGGCUCCGCUUUCACUUCCCGCGUCCCACCACCCCCAGAGCGCCCCAACGUAUCGAGACGGGGGGAUCUAUCCGUCCGGGGGCGCCACUUCGUGCGCCCGGGGAGCGGGACGUUCCAGGCGCGCCCGGCGGGGGACGCGGUGACCGAGGGGCCGGGAGCGCCGGGCAGGUAACGUACCCCGGCCCUAGAGCGGAGGGCUUUGUUCGCGCGGGAGGAGGGGGCGGGGGCGGGGGCGGACGCGGGGCGGCCCCGCGGGGACUCCUCUCCCCCUCCCCGCCCCCCUCGCCUGCGCGCUGGAAGCCAAUCGGCGUGUGUAGCGCGAAGAGCGAAAGAGAAACUUCUCCUGCGUGACUGACUAGCUGAGGCUCCUCCCGAGAAGCCGAGAUAAUGGAGGCCCCGCUCCCGCCGCCGGCCCGCCCGCCUCUCCUCCCCCGGCCGCUCCCUCCUGCCGCCCAACUCCGCGCAGGCUGCGGUCCGGCCCCCCGCAUCCCCCCCCCCCACCUCCGGCGGGUACGGGCCGUGGACGCCCCCGCCCUGCGGAAGGUGGGGCUGGCGCGGAUUUUAGGGACUUCCUGGGACGCGGAGACCAGCUCUGAACCAUCCGUGCCCUUUCAGCGGCCGGGAACCGGGGAAAGCGCGCUCUGGAGCGUCUCGCACGUGGCAGGCAGGCAGAGAACUUGCUGUACCUUCUAGGAAAUGGCAAUCGAUUUGUAAUGCACUUUCGCUAAUUGGGAGUUCAAAAUUAAACUUUAAUAAAGCG